GAACAUCACUACACAUACCGAACCAGACUUCGUUCGCCAUAGACGCGCGCCAGGCAAGCAACAAUGGCCAAGCUUCUCAAGCCUUGGUACGCGGCCUUCGUGAACAGAUUCCUCGCCAUGGUCGCGGUGGCAUCUAUCGUAGCCGCCGCGCUCCGGCGGGCGUGGCCAGCAUUCAGCAUGGACGAUGUCGUCGGCAGCCUUGGCGCCGCGCGGCCGGUCCACGUGCUCAUGGCGGUCAUCCUGGCUGCCGGCGUGGCGAAGCUGAGGCGCCUGCGCCGGCCGCGGGACGUGUACCUGGUGGAGUACGGCUGCUUCCGACCGCGGCCGUGCUUCCGGGCGCCGUUCGCCACGUGCCUGGAGCACGUGCACCUCCUGCCGUACCUGGUGGACGACGAGAGCGUCAGCUUCGCCAUCCGCCUGCUCGAGCGCUCGGGGCUCGGCGACGAGACGUGCCUGCCCUACUCCUACCACUACAUGCCUCCGGACCGCAGCCUCGAGGCGGCCCGGGAGGAGGCCGAGCUGGUCAUCUUCUCCGCAGUGGACGAGGUGUUCGCCAGGGCGAGCGUGAGGCCCGAGGAGAUCGACGUGCUCAUCGUCAACUGCAGCAUCUUCACGCCCACGCCGGUCUUCGCCGACAUGGUCGUCAACAGGUACGGGCUCCGCGCCGACGUGCAGUGCCUGAACCUGUCCGGGAUGGGCUGCGGCGCGGGGCUCGUCUCCAUCGGCCUGGCCAAGAACCUCCUCCAGGUGGCGCCGCCAGGCACGCGCGUCCUGACGGUGUCCACGGAGAUCCUCUCGUCGCAGUACUACGUCGGGAGCGAGCGCGCGAUGCUGCUGCCCAACUGCCUCUUCCGCAUGGGGGCCGCCGCCACGAUCCUCUCCAACAGCCCCGAGCGCGCGCGGUUCCGGCUCGGCCGCCUCGUCCGCACCAUGACCGCCGCGCGGGACGCCGACUACCGCUGCAUAUUCCAGGAGGAAGACGGCGAGGGCAUCCUGGGCGUUCGCCUCUCCAAGGACCUCACCACAACGGCCGGCCAUGCGCUCAAGCGGAACAUCGCGGCGUUCGGCCCCCUCGUGCUGCCGGUCUCGGAGCAGCUCCUGGUGGCGAUGUCGCUGCUCAAGCGCAAGUUCAUGAGCGGCCGGCGCGCCAGGGUGAGGCUGUACCGCCCGGACUUCCGCAAGGCGUUUGAGCACUUCUGCAUCCACGCCGGCGGCCGCGCGGUGAUCGACGAGGUGCAGCGCGGGCUCGGCCUGUCCGACGAGGACGUGGAGGCGUCGCGGAUGACGCUGCACCGGUUCGGGAACACGUCCAGCAGCCUGGUGCUGUACGAGCUGGCCUACAUCGAGGCCAAGGCCCGGAUGAGGGCGGGCGAUCGGGUGUGGAUGAUCUCCUUCGGCGCCGGAUUCGAGUGCAGCUGUGUGGCAUUGGAGUGCGUCAAGCCGCCGGCCGACGCCGGCGGGCCCUGGGCCGACUGCAUCGACCGCUACCCGGUGCAUCUCCCCGAAGUCGCCAAGGACAACAUCUGAUCAACCCCUUCUUCUGGAUCUGGGGCAUGCUGCAUCAUGCUGGACAUGAACAUGCCCAAGGCUUCCUUCGUCGUCGAUGUCGUCGUCCUUUGUGCCGGGCUGUCGGCCGCCGCCCAACAUGUCGUGCUCUGUCUAUGAUCGAUCUCUUGGAAAUAAUGUAGCCCUACCCCUACGGUGUCCAAAACGCAAGUAUGGCGCGUUUGUGUUUGUUACCACUGCACUUGUUUACCACGCUGCACUGCGUUUGUGUUUGUUACCACUGCACAAAGUUAAUUAAGCGCCAGUUACGAUUAAAA